UUCAGCCAACCUAAACGCAAAGGAGAGUUCUCCAAAGCCUCUAAUGGCGGUUCGGAGCGCCUGAAGGCGAACAAGGAGUGCUCGCCCCCACCAUUUCUCGAGCUCGAGGCGGCGGACAGCUCGAUCGAUCUCUCGAUACUCGGGAAGACAAUUUCAAGGGGAAAGAAUGGCGGGCGAUUCCGAGAAGCGGCUCCAGAAGGUCUUGGACAGGCUCUACCAGUAUCCCAGGCCGAAGCCCUCUCCCUCCAGUGGGAUCAGUUCGGUGGAUAGAGGGAAGAGGCUGGAUUCGGGGUCGAGAGCAGGCCUUGGCGAGCGGCUGAGGCUUCCGACCGUGGCUUCGAUGGGAGUACUUGGGCCAACUCCUCCGUGCCGGCCGUGGGAUCGAGGGGAUUUGAUGAGGAGGCUGGCUACGUUCAAGGCCAUGACCUGGUUCGGAAAACCGAAGGUGAUCAGUCCUGUCAAUUGUGCAAGGAGGGGUUGGAUUAAUGUAGAGAUGGAUGUUAUAGCAUGUGAAGCAUGUGGAACACGACUUCUUUUUUCUACUCCAUCUUCUUGGACAAUGCAACAAGUUGAAAAGGCUGCGGCUGUAUUAAGCUUAAAGCUCGACAAUGGACACAAACUGCUAUGUCCAUGGAUUGACAAUGCAUGUGAUGAAACAUUGGCACUGUUUCCUCCAACACCUCCUUCAGCGCUUGUUGGGAGUUACAAUGAACGUUCUUCUACACUCCUACAUCUCUCAGCCCUUCCUAUAAUUUCUUCCUCUGCCAUUGAUUACAUGAAGAUGAAGAGCCCUCAGCUAGAAGAAUUCUUGACAGAGCCUUCUCAUGCAUCAAUCGUCCUAAAAAAUGGCAUUAGGCUUACAGUUGGUCCUGAAAGCAAAGAUUGGGAGAGUGCGUUGGAUGCUGGUAAUUCUGAUCUAUAUUAUGAGGCACUGAAAAUUGUAAGUUUAUGUGGAUGGGAACCUCGACUGCUUCCUUAUGCUGUUGAAAGUGAGGACAGAUCUAGUUCGUUUGGCAAAGGUGCCUCUACAUCUGAAACAUCAGAACAUAUACUUCGUGAACAAAAAGAAGGCAUCAAAAUUCGCUCGUCAAAUGGGCAGGGUGAAGCUGAGAGGGGAGAACAUAUCAACCCUACUUUUGGUGAUUACCAAUAUGAUCCCGCAUCUGUUGUCUUAGACUGCGGAUUUUGUGGAGCACGUGUGGCAUUAUGGGCUUUAACAAUGACACAGCGCCCUUUGGAAAUUUUUAGUGUGGUUGCAGAUUCAUGCAGCCAAAAUGAGCCAGCCACUAUUGAUGCAGACCUAGUCAGCAGAAUACAAGCUCCAAGGACGGAAAAUUUGGGCUUGGGAAUUUACAAUUCAAACAAAGGAGUCAGUGAUACUGGUUAUAGUAUUUCAUCAGCCAAAGAAAGACAUCUGGGCUUAAAUUUUUCGAUUGCAGGUGGUCCUCCACCAACUAGACAAAACUAUAGACCAAGAGUUUCUUUCCCCAUUGUUAGCCGGCAUUUAAGAGCUGAACUCAGUGUUAGCAAAAAUCAUGCAUCAUUUAAAGAUUCAAGCGGGAGUCAAACACAUACUCAGCAUUCCUCACAACAUGAUGAUCUAUUGCAGCAUCAAAAAGAUACUGAUGGCGGUCUUGUUAUUCCAGAAGGUGCAAGUUCACUAAAGCGUAAAAGAAGUGAAAAUGAACUCAGCAGUGAUGUCAAUUUUCAGUCCCAUCCUAAAGGGGAGAUACAGGGGGGUGGCAAUACCUCCUUUGAAGGUCACCACAGUGAGCAAGGAGCUUGCUCAUUGCAUAAAAAUAGCAACAUUGAAAAUCUGCAAGAUGCCAUUCAACAUGCGCCAGAAGUUCUGCAACGAACCGAUAUUGAUUAUAAAGAUAAAGGAGAGGUGCCUCCUGAAAAAAACGAAGCUGAUAGUAGUGUUAAAGUUGGAGAAGGCAUAUUUACGACACAAAAGGAUGCCGAACCCUGUGGGAACAACUUAAUGAUGGAAUCAGAAGAUGUCUGUAACCAAAAUCGCAAUGGUGUUUCAAUAUUAGAUUCAGUAUGUUAUGGAGAAGCUUCUGAAACCAAUCAUGAUGAUUCUUCUAAUAUUGCAUCUUGUUCAUCUACUAAGGCAGCUCUGUCAAGUCACCAUAAUAUAAAUUCAGGAAAAGGUGGCAAGGAUUCUGAUCUCCAAAGCAUUAAGGAUGCAAAGGCAAUAAAUCAAAAGGCCAAUGGAUUGAUGAAUAUCAGCAGUAAAGCAGAUGCAAACCAUGCACCAGAAAAAAAUCCAAAACUGGUGCACAGUAAAAUCAACGAGUUUGAUCCAAUCAAGCAGCACAGGCCCUUCUGCCCCUGGAUCACUCCUGAUGAGGGAGUAACCAUGCCUGGAUGGAAACUGACGCUUUCAGCUUUAGUUCAUCAAGUGAAAGAUAUUCCUAGCCACUUAAAUUUGGAGAACCCUUCAGCUUUGCUCGACGAGGAAGAUGAUCCCAUCGUUUCUGUCCGAAAGCUUUUUAUGUCCCCAUCACCCAAAAGAUUGAAGAGCAGUCAGUAAACGCUUCAAAGAUUUUGGCACUUUCUUUUGAACCAUAUGCAUGAAACAUGACCUACUAGCUUGGAGAUUGUGAUCAGCUACAGUUGCGUACCUGAAAUAUAUGCAGAGCUUGUUGUUCUUCCUAUUUACGCUUGAACAGGGAUUUAAAAUGUUCUUGAUGAUUGGAAUGGAUGUUCCAUAUAGGGAAAUAAACAUAUGCAGCACCACACUCAAACUUGUUCUGUUUGGUGCUUUUAUGAGAUUGGAGAAAGUAAUGCUUGGAGAUACGGAUUUUUCUAUGUAGCGAACAAAAACCACAGCACUACAUUCUGAUAUGACAAGCUGCAUGGCUUCAGCAGGUCA